GCUCCCCACUCCCCUCCCAGAGCCAGGGAGAGAACCCAGGCGUCCGGGCCCCAGCCCCGCCCACUGACCCUGCAGCCCUUGCGGCGCAUACAGCUGCCUCGCGAGCUUCUGGUGUGAACACUUGGGGGUUUCCGGGGCUGGGAAGCUGGAAGCAGAAGUCACCCCCCGCAGGAUGCGCAGCCUGUGGGGGACAGACGGACGGACGGUGCUGGCAACGUCCAGGUCUGGGCCUGGCGAGAACGGAGUCCUGGAUUCAUCUGCUCAAUUCCAAUGUACAGGUAAGCAAUGCACCAUCCCGGUCUGGGCAGUCGCCACUGUGGCAGGUGGGGGGUUUAUCAUGCUGGUUCUGAUCCUGGUGCUGUCCAUCUGCCUGUGCCGGGCCAGGAGACGAGUAAAGAAGUUGGUGGCUUGGAAGGGCGGAACGGAGCUGGAGGACCCUGACGUGCAUUACGCCUCCCUGCAGAAUUUGGCCUCAGCCCAGGUCGGGGAGCAGCAGCCGGAGCCUCCCGACCCCCAGCACACGGACUACGCCACCGUGGCCGAAGUGAAGGGCCUGGGCGAGGAGGGUGGGGAAGGGGAGGGCCAGCCAGAUGGGGGUGCAGACCCCCAGGAAGGGGUGGCCACUCACUGAGCUGUAUUGGAGGGGGUGGGGAAAGGGGGAACAGGAGGGGGGUCCCCGAUAAUGGAGGUGGGGGGAAGGUACCUGCUCACCAAUAAUCAUCACAUCGAGAUCACAGAUACCCCAGGACUGGCUCUUAUGGUGGGUCUGGGCAGCACCCGGUGCGGUGGGGGGGUCUGUGUCUGUACUGAGGGGCUGUGGAGCUGGGGGGCAAGGUAGGGGACUAUGGGGCUGGGAUCAGGGUGGGGCUGGGGUGCACUCCAUAUGAAUAUAUGCAGAUAUGCUAAUGAGUGUGAGUAUGACGUCACUGGAAUAUGCGUCAGCCUGCGCCUGGGCUCAUGGCGAAGGCUGUAACGUGCCGGCCGUGGGCAUCGCCUGGGGUGUCUGUGCCUGGAGCGAGGAGACGUGGUGUUAACAUGUAUCUCGGCUGGGAACCUGCUAUGUGGGGGCAUUAAGGGUGCUCCAGAUCCGUGACCUGUAAGUGGCCCUGUUCCCUUGCAAACCUCCCUGUACGGGGGGCCCGGCCCGGCCCAGCCUGCAGGAAAGGGGGCUGGGGUCCCACAGGGCCUGUGCUCAGGCCCCUCACCGACACCUCUUGGCGGGUGAGAGUUACCCGUCUUCAUUGUCUUCAUGCGUUAGGCUCACACUGGCGUGUUUUGUUGUAUUUUCUUGGUGACUCACUUUGUUCUGGCUGCUGUUACUUGGAGCCAGUGAAAUCCUCCUCUUUAUACUUCAUAAAAAUCACGUUUUGUUUAUUAAUUAA